CCCGGAGCGGUGGCUGUGCGCAGGCGCGGUGCGCGAUGGCGGUGAGAUGGCGGCUGCUGGCGGCGCUUGUCUGGUGCCGGGGUCUGUGGGCGGCUGCAGACGGCAGCGGUGCAGAUUGGCAAAAAUUCAAGGACAAGAUAGCGGCUGCGUUGGAAUCGUACCAGCCCUGUAGCACACAUAACUGCAGCUGUCACCAACGUGUGCUUGAGGAAGAUCUUUUACCCUUCCGACAAGGAAUCUCUGAAGACAUGAUGGCAGAGAUCCUUGGGCAAGAAGUGGGGACGCAUUACCAGAUAAUUAAGGGCCAACUCUAUCGUCAAGACAGCUGCAUGUUUCCUGCCAGGUGCAGUGGGGUAGAGCAUUUUAUACUGGAAAUAAUCAGUGAUCUCCCUGACAUGGAAUUUGUCCUCAAUGUCCGAGAUUACCCACAGGCUCCUAAAUGGAUGAAACCCGUCAGGCCUGUUUUAUCUUUCAGCAAGACAUCAGAGUACAAUGACAUCAUGUACCCUGCAUGGACCUUCUGGGAGGGAGGCCCCGCAGUUUGGCCAAUUUACCCCACUGGGCUUGGACGCUGGGACUUGAUGACGAAGGAUAUGAAAACAUCAGCUGAAGAAUGGCCAUGGGAGAAGAAAGUCUCAAAAGGUUUCUUUAGAGGAUCAAGGACAAGUUCAGAACGAGAUCCUCUUAUUCUGCUCUCUCGGGAGGAUCCAUUGCUUGUCGAUGCAGAAUACACUAAAAACCAAGCCUGGAAGUCUGAGAAGGACACAUUGGGAAACCCCCCUGCUAAAGAAAUUCCAUUGGUGGAGCAUUGCAAAUACAAAUAUCUGUUUAACUUCCGAGGAGUUGCAGCCAGUUUCCGAUUCAAGCACCUGUUUCUGUGCGGAUCCCUGGUUUUCCACGUUGGGAAUGAAUGGCUGGAGUUCUUUUACCCACAGUUGAAGCCAUGGAUGCAUUACAUUCCUGUCAACCGGGACCUCUCUGACGUACGGAACUUGUUGCAGUUCGUUAAGGAAAAUGACCAGUUUGCUCGAGAGAUUGCAGAGAGGGGCCACAGAUUCAUCCAGGAUCACUUGCGGAUGGUUGAUGUUUCCUGCUACUGGAAGCGCCUCCUACUGGAAUAUUCCAAACUGCUACAGUACAAACCAAGGAGACACAAGGGCUACACCCAGAUCCUCAGCAAUAACAGGCACAAUGAGCUGUAGCCAUGCAAACUCUGGCUCGCUCUCAAUGACAUGUCACACAUUCCCAGCUGCUGCCUGAGCUCAGUAGCGCUCUUCUAGGUUUUCCAAAAGGAUAUAGGUUUUAAUUUUUUUAGAAUAUGGCCCAAUAGGACUACCUAAGAUGGAUCAUCUUCCUUGACACAGGCAAGUUGGGCCGAAGGGCCUGUUUUCGUGCUGUGUGAUGCCAUGGUUUGACUGGUGCGUAUAACAUUCACAGUGAUGUUGAAUCUCGCAGCCAUGCAGAGCCCAGCUCCUCAGUUUGAUUGUCCCUUCAUCUGACGUAGUUUCAAGGGAAAUCCUGUCGCUGUGAGAUUGAUUACCAGCUCUGACGAAACGUGUUUCCUGCCGACUGAAAUGCUUCACCACAGCCAUUAUUCUCCUGGUAGAAUGAUUGGCAGAAACACUCGUAUAAAACCAGAGGCAACUAAUAUAGAAACAUAGAAAAUAGGUGCAGGAGUAGGCCAUUCGGCCCUUCGAACCUGCACCGCCAUUCAAUAUGAUCAUGACUGAUCAUCCAACUCAGUAUCCUGUACUAGCCUUCUCUCCAUACCCCCUGAUCCCUUUAGCCACAAGGGCCACAUCUAACUCCCUCUUAAAUAUAACCAAUGAACUGGCCAUAACUACUUUCUGUGGCAGAGAAUUCCACAGAUUCACCAAUCAAGGUCUUCUGUGCAUUAUUGUUCUUUGCUCUGGUUUUUAGAGUGAAUUUCCCUGCUGGUACCAAGGUGUUGCUCUCGAUAGCGAAUAGACGCCUCUCCGAACCUGCAUCCCUGACCUUUGUCCUAUUCCUGACCAGGUGCCUGGAUGAUUCUUCCCUUGGAUUCCCCUCGAUCGUUUUGCUUGUUCCUCCAGCCACAUGUACCAAGCCAGUUGGACUUUGCCAACCCCGUCACAGGUAUCCCCACCUCCCUAAGGGCCAGUGGCAAGCACGAUGUUAAAAAUAAUUUUCAAUUGUGAAACUGAAACAUUUGUGAUGCAGCCUUCAUCCACCAAACACCAUGGCCACGAGAGAAAGACAAAAUGAUGAGGUUCACUAGUCUAAUAAAUGUUUUUUUCUAGA